AGAAAAAAAAAUACCAAAAUGACAAUCAUCAUAGGAAAGAUAUUGCUAACACUAUUAUUGUUAUCAUCAAUUUUCUCAAUAGCCACUUCAUCAAAAAGAAGAUCAAGAUCUUCAAACAACAUAGAUUAUUGGUGUAACCAAACCCCUCACCCAGAACCAUGCAAAUACUACACAAAACAAACCCAUUACUAUCACAAAAAAAUCAAACACAAAUCAAAAUUCCGCGAAAUUCUCAUUCAUUUAGCAUUGGAAAGAGCCGUUGUAAUGCGAAACAUCGCACAUCAAUUCGGACAAAACAAUUGGCUCACCAACAAAAGGAAAAAAUCCGUGUCACGUGAUUGUUUAAAACUUUACGACAACACAGUUUUCCAUCUCAACCGUACAUUUUCAGACCUGCACGUCAAAAAAAGAUGUUCGUCAUUCGACGCACAAACAUGGCUUAGCACGGCUUAUACUAACAUCCAAACAUGUCAAAAUGGCGCAUUGGAAUUAAACAUUCCAAAAUUCAUUGUACCAAUUAUGAAAGUAAACAUGACGGAGAUUAUAAGCAACAGUUUAUUCGUCAAUUGGGAAUUCGUUAAACGUGAUGGCCUUGUUCACUACACGGAUGAUGUCACCGAAGAGGCAUUUCCAAGAUGGUUUUCAGUACGAGAGAGGAAACUAUUGGAAUCUUCUAGAGUUAUUAAAGCUCAUCUUGUUGUUGCGAAAGAUGGUUCGGGGCAUUUUAAGAAAGUUCAAGAUGCUAUAAAUGCGGCCGGACGCAGAAAGUUUAAGACGAGAUUUGUUAUUCGUGUGAAGAGAGGUGUUUAUAGAGAGAAUAUUGUAGUUGGGAAGAUGAAUGAUAAUAUUAUGUUGGUUGGUGAUGGGAGUAGGACUACGAUUAUAACAAGUAAUAGAAAUGUUCAAGCUGGUUUUACUACCUAUAGUUCUGCUACUGCAGGAAUUGAUGGUCUUCACUUCAUUGCACGUGACAUAACUUUUGAAAAUACGGCGGGACCUCGUCGAGGUCAAGCAGUGGCACUUCGAUCAGCUUCUGACCUUUCUGUCUUCUAUCGUUGUGCUUUCAAAGGCUAUCAAGAUACCCUUAUGGUUCACGCGCAACGUCAAUUUUACAAAGAAUGUUACAUCUAUGGUACCGUUGACUUCAUCUUCGGCAAUGCAGCAGUAGUUUUCCAAAAUUGCAUAAUUCUUGUAAGAAGACCAUUAAACGGCCAAGCAAACAUGAUCACAGCCCAAGGUCGAGACGACCCAUUUCAAAACACCGGAAUAUCAAUUCACAAUUCUCAGAUUAGGGCUGCUCCCGAUUUCAAGCCCGUCGUGUCGAAAUUCAAAACCUUUAUGGGCCGGCCUUGGCAAAGAUACUCUAGAGUUGUGGUCAUGAAAUCAUUCAUGGAUAAUUUGGUAAGCCCAAUGGGUUGGUCUCCAUGGGGAGGUACAAAUUUUGCUCAAAGCACUCUAUUUUAUGGGGAGUAUAAGAACUUUGGGCCGGGCUCAUCAACAAGAAAUAGAGUAAGAUGGCCCGGUUAUCAUGUAAUGAGCAGCCCAGCCCAAGCAUCACAAUUCACUGUUGCUAAUCUCCUUGCUGGUGCCACGUGGCUACCAUCCACUGGUGUACCAUUCACUUCUGGCCUUUAAUUAAUCAUUGUCCUAAUUAAGUCUAUUGUUUUCAAUUGGUUGAAAUUAAGUUAUUGAUUUAUGGUAGUUUGUGUGUACAAAAAACACAAUAUUCUUUUGUAUAUUACGAGAAAAAUAAUUAAAUUACUAUUGGUGUAUCCUUUUAUUCGUUGUUGAUACAUUGAUACUGCAUUUGCUUUGCAUUUCAAGCAUAAA